AAAUAAGAAUUAUAUCAAAAGGCAUCAAUUCUGUAAAAGUUUUCUUGUCCCAGGUAGGGGACCAUAUCACUCCACAUUUUGUGCUAUGACAACUAAAUUAGCAAAUUAGCAUUACCAUUAUGCCCAUGCUAAACUUAAAUCUAAUUAUGUUAUUCUUAAGAGGGCAUCUUACCCUAUACUUCACAGACAUGUCUUUCUUCAUGUUUAUCUUCUUUUUUAUAGCACCAUAUGCCUUGUGGUAAUGCAAUGAAAUUGAUCAGUACGCCUAACCAAUGUAAUUAUAUGACAAGGACAAUAAAAAUGAAAACAACAACAACAACAACAACAACAACAAAAACAUGCACUUUUUCCUCUAUAAUACAAAAAUCUUGUUCAGUUUUUUUGCCAUCACCACGGCACCAUUAUUUACAUUUAGGUUUUAAAUGCCAUAAUAAAGACCGAAGAGUAUCAAAGACAUAAGUACAUAUGUCUGUUCAGGAGUGAGUAUAUUUGUGCAGCUAAUGUUUGGAGGUCAAUACUCAUGUACAUCUACUGAUUGACUACAUGGCCAAGAAGAAUACAUAUGAUAGAAGGCAGACUUUUUUAAUUCAUCUUCUUUUUCUUUCAUCAGAUCGCCAGGUUCAGCAGGCAGUCUGCAUAUUGCAGUCAGCACACGUCGGACUUGCUGUUUGUUCUGUGUGUGUGCGUGUGUGUCUCUGUUUGAAAGAAGGACGGGGGUGUAUGGAAAGCUCAUACACAAGACUAGAGAGAAUCAGAGAGUGAGGGAAAGAGAAAGGACAGAAAGCAGAAGGAUCCAUCUCAGAAUUAACAAAGAGAACAACUGAAUGAUCAUUCAUUCUUCUGCAGAGAGGUCUUUGCCGGUGGUUUCAAGCAUAACGUCGUCCUGAAGAGCUACAAGUCGUGAUGCACACUCCAGUGUCCAUGCUGAUGGGGGUGGUGUUCGCUCCCUUGGGCCUUGUGCUGGUGUUCACUGCAGCGAUCACGCCGCAGUGGAGGGAGGGACAGGCACGGUUGGGGCGUGCCGGAGCAACGGAGUUCCUCCUUCUUCGUUCGGAUGGCCUAUGGGAAAGCUGCCUGCAGGUGGUGCACUCUGAAGUCAAAGAGUGCUGGCCCGUGUCGGGGUCCUACCAGCGGGAUGCUCGGGUUCGAAUGGUCCAGGGGAUGGUGCUGUCGUCGCUUUUCCUGUGCGGCGCUGGAAUUGUCCUUGCCAGCGUGGGCGUCCGCUGCUGGACCGAUAUCCCGCUUAGAAGCGUAGCGGCAGCUGGUGGCCUGUUGGUGGCAUUGGCAGGUGUGCUCAGUCUGGCUGCAUUAGGAGUGUACACUCAUAAUCUUUCCAAGCUGGGGAUCGAAGUGGAUUCAACCCUAUCAGAGACGCAAGGACUCAACGUACACAAGCCACCCCGACUAACGUUACACCCGGCCGGGUCACUCUAUUUCGGGUGGGUGGGAGCUUGGGUACAGGUGCUGGGAGGGGCUGCGCUGCUUUUUGGGUUCAAAAGCAUGAAGUGUUCAUCCUGCCAUAAGCAGAGACUCAAAGACAGUGCAGAAAUGUAUGAGGUGAACUGUUAGAUUAAGCAAACGUUCCUGGGAGGUAAAGAGACUCUUAUGGUGUUUAAACACAUUGAGUUGGCACAUUACUCAAUGUAGUGCAACUGGUAGUGUUUAUGAAUUGGACAAAUAAGAAAUGGGAAAACAAACAUGUGAUGUUUCUAACGAGAAACUGCUAACAGAAGCCUUAAGGCUUGUUCACACCAAGAACUACACUAUAAAGAUUACUAUAACAAUAACUCUAUAUUAGCAUACAUACCAACAAACCAUGACGUUGUUUAUUAUAGUUGUACACUGCAGUUAUGUCGUCUGCCACUUUAAAUGCUCAACUUCUUCAAAGCCAGGUUAAUUCUGAUUGUCAAUGUUUUUGUCAUCAAUCUUUCUGAAAGCAAUUUCAAUGGCAUUGUUAUUAUCGUUAUUGCUGUGGUUAAAACCAGUUUUAAAACUUUAUAUAGUUAUUGUCCUUGGUGUGAACAGGAGGUCAGUUCACACAGAACGCGUUUUUGCUUUCUUCAGUGCUUUAUCAUUUUUUCUGUAUUCUAUGAUUCUAUUUAUUUUUUUAUUUAAUUACUGUUUUGUUUUUGGUUUUGACAACUUUUAAAACCACUACUGUCGCAUUCCUUUUUACUCCCAUGCCACACGCUUCAUUUAAACACAAAGAUGUGUUCUGUGUUCUGUCAGCUGAUAAGACAUAGAUUGUAUCCUGUGAGUUGUCUGUUUCGUGGCAGAUUUUACCGUUGAUCAUGACAGUACUGUAUUAUUCUUUCCAAAGCUGUUGUGAAAUGAAAGCAAUGUACUGGUGUCACAAGGCUGUUGGCAUUUGUGGUUUUUACCACUAGUGCAUGAAAUAUUUGUCAUAUCAUUUAUUUUAAAGGAGUCAUCGGAUGCCCAUUUUCCACAAGUUGAUAUCAUUCUUUAGGGUCUUAAUGAAAAGUCUAUAACAUACUUUGGUUAAAAUUUCUCAAUGGUAGUGUAAAAAACAUUUUUUUUACCCUGUCAAAAUCAGCUCUGUUUUCAGCAAGCCAUUCUAGUCCAUGUUGCUUUAAAUGCUAAUGAGCUCUGACCCCGCCUCUCUCUUCCGUGGGGUGACGAGCAGACUGUAAACUUUAGCCCCGAAAUUGGCUAACUAGCACGUUAUUAGAAAAGGCGAUUUGCAAAGAUUCAUAAAAAACCUUUAUACUCACUUCUUCUGUAGAUGAAGUUGGAUCAAGAAUGAUUCGCGCGAACAUAGACGCAUUUAGGCAGAUCGGGGAACGUUAAUCCUCUGCGUCUUCAGCGGCUCAGAUGUCGGGAGUAAAUGACGACUGCUAUAUUCAUUACUACAUCCAACAACAAAACACGCUUAAUCGGAGACAUGUUGUCUUCCCCUGCACUGGAGUCGACACAAUGGCGGACAGCUCACAGCUCACUCAGGGCGGGUCUAAGGUAAGAUGGUCUUGUCAAUCAACUAUCGUGGGAGCGGCCUGUGCAGAACUACUUCAUUCUGACAGGAAUCUCAGAACAUCCUGAUUUGAGAAAGGGGGUUUUAAAAACACUGGGUGGAUUUUUAUCAUUAUAGGAUAGAUGUGUACACACACUUCCAACACACAUUUAUGUUCAAACAACUUGUAAAGUGAAUUUUGCAUCCAAUGGCCCCUUUAAGCCUAUAGCUGGUAAACAGCUAUAUAUUUACUUGUAAUAUAUUGAUCUGUAAGUAAUUACUGUCUUUACUUGAUAAAUCUUUACAUUGUAAAUAU